AUGUCAUCAUCGACGGCUGAUAUAUCCACCCCGGUGGUCCGGACGACAAAGCAGACUCAUCCUAAUCUACCUCCGGGACUCAUCCUCGGCCCCGACGGUAAACCUUGUAAAGUUUGUAAUUCAUGGCAAGAUUGGGCGAAACUUCAAAAUAACAAGAAAACAACUUCAAACUUUCCUAAACUCCCUUCUCCUUCGUCCGCCACCACUUCAUCUUCUUCCACUUCUUCUUCUCCCCUAGAACAUACUACCGCAAACGCGGUGGUUUACGAUCGAUCCGAUUGUCCUCCCGACGUAGCUCAACUAGGUAGAUCAACAUGGACUUUUUUACAUACCACAGCUGCUUAUUACCCUUUGAAGGCACCUCCGGAAACACAAGAUAAUAUGAUCGCCUUGCUCAAAUCUUUGUCAUUUUUAUAUCCCUGUAGUUGGUGCGCGGAUGACUUUCAAAAAGAUAUCAAAUAUAACCCACCUGAUGUGUCGGGAAGAGAAGGAUUGAGUAGAUGGUUAUGUGAGAGACAUAAUUCUGUCAAUUUGAAAUUGGGAAAGGAGAGAUUUGAAUGUACGAAUGAAAAGUUGGAUGAGAGAUGGGGUGAGGGUCCGAAGAAUGGGAGGUGUGAUUGA